GGGCCGUGCCGUGCCAAUCCCAAAUUAUCCUGGGGAGAGCGGCACGGCCCCUGACGGCCUGCGGGCCGGCACGGCAAAUCUAAGCUGGCCCCUCGAGGCUCGAGGGUAGAAGCUGGAAAGAGAAGUUCAGGUUUCUUCUCCCUCGUUUUCGUUCUCAGACACACCGGAGUCUCCAUAAGACCAAUAGUAACAUCGGCUGAUUGGCGGGAGCCUGGAGGCCGUCAAAUCCGGUUAGCUUGCAAUACCAUUUGCUUGCUUUCUCAGAACUAGAAAGAACUCAGGUCUAGGGCUUGGUGUCGCCCCAAAAUUCACAUUCCAUCUUCCAUGGACGACAUGACUGCGUACUAUCCUCCACCGGCGGGACUCCCCAACCCUCACUACCCUUAUUAUCCGCCACCACCACCUUUCGGGGCGCCACCGCCGGCGGCCCCACCAGCAGCACCGCCUCCAUUGCCUCAACAAUACCACCACCUCCAUCACCAACAGCAACCCCCAUUCGCUUCGUAUCCGCCGGGCCUUCCUCCACAACCACACUCACAAGAUGAGGUCCGAACCCUGUUCAUUGCAGGGCUCCCUGGAGACGUCAAGCCUCGAGAGAUUUAUAAUCUCUUCCGCGAGUUCCCUGGUUACCAAUCUUCCCAGCUCCGUAGCUCUACCCAAAGCUCACAGGCAUUUGCUUUUGCUGUCUUCUCUGAUCAACAGUCUGCACUAGCAGCAAUGCAUGCCCUCAAUGGACUGGUGUUUGAUCUUGAGAAGAAUUCAACUGUGUACAUUGAUCUUGCAAAAUCUAAUUCCAGGUCUAAGCGCUCCAGAACAGAUGAUGGACAACCUGGUUCUUUUGAUAAGAAAGUUAGAGGUUCUACUGCAUCUUCAAGAGGAACUUCUGAUUUUGGUGUUGGCAGCAAUAUUCACAUGCCUGGAAUGAGUAGUUCUUCUUACAACAUGAUUGGUUAUCCAUCUACACAAAGUCAAGGAACUUCUGAUAGUGGAGCUGUCAAUGAUAUGGAUCCCAUGAAAUUGAUUUACUUUGCCUACUCAUGCAUUUUUAAGGAGCUUUCCUACAUUUGGCAGAAUAAUGCCUCAGUUCCUCACAUUCCACAAAAUACUGCUCCAUGUCCAACACUUUUUGUGGCUAAUUUGGGGGCAGCUUGUUCAGAACAAGAACUAAAUCAAGUAUUUUCAAGAUGUCCAGGAUUUUUGAAAUUGAAGAUGCAAAACAAAUAUGGAGCUCCUGUUGCAUUUGUUGAUUUUCAGGACGUUGCAUCUUCUACUGCGGCCCUGAAUCACCUUCAAGGCACUGUUCUAUACUCAUCAUUAGAUGGUGAAGGCAUGCGUUUGGAGUAUGCAAAAUCACGGAUGGGGUUGAGAAAGAAGGCAGCAUAGAUGUUGCAGAUAACAAGAGGAGACAUAGUUAUCUCUUGUUGCUAUUAUUCUUUAGUAUGUAAACAUCAAUGAAUUAUGUGGAAGCCUAUUAGAAAAGGAAGGUUUUUUUUUC